GUUCAACUCCACAGCGCGGUGUGACCUUUGACUCCUUUGAUAACCGUCUCGUCCCCAAAACGGUAUGUUUUGUGGGUCAAGCCUCAAUGGAAGAAAUGAGUUAACAGUUGGGCGCGGAAUGCUGUUGACAAUACUUUGGUAGUAUUGUGAAAUGCUUACAACAGUAUGGGCCAAGAUAUUUUGCAACGCGGCGUAAGGCUAAAGUAAAGGUGGGCACAAUGGCGGAGCGGGCUGUCAGCGUUGCGUCGGCCGCCAUCUCUCCAGUGCAGCAGAUGCUGGCCUCUGGCACCGGAGCCCUCCUCACGUCUGUUUUUGUCACACCUUUGGAUGUGGUGAAGAUCAGGCUGCAGGCUCAGCAGAGUCCUCUCCGUCAGGCUCUAACCAGUGAAGCUGCUACCUGGGCUGGUGUCACCUGCUCCCCCAAGUGGAGGUGCUUCCUGUACUGCAACGGGCUGAUGGAGCACGUAUACGUGUGUCAGAAUGGUAGCAGCUGCAGCAGCUGGUACAAACCACCACCGACACACUUCAGCGGAACCCUGGAUGCUUUUGUGAAGAUCUCUCGCCAUGAAGGACUGAGGUCAUUGUGGAGUGGACUCCCACCAACGCUUGUCAUGGCCGUACCCGCCACUGUCAUUUACUUCACCUGCUAUGACCAGCUGCGGGACUUCCUGAGAUACGGCCUGGGUUUUCAAGGCAGUCACAUCCCUCUUGUUGCAGGGGGUCUUGCGAGAUUGGGGGCUGUGACGGUCAUCAGUCCCCUGGAGCUGAUCAGGACCAAGAUGCAGUCUCGCCGCCUCACCUACGGCGAGCUGCGAGUGUGUAUCCGCACCGCAGUGGCCCAGGAUGGCCUGCUGUCGCUGUGGCGGGGCUGGGGCCCCACCGUGCUCAGAGAUGUCCCCUUCUCUGCAAUUUAUUGGUUCAACUACGAACUGAUCAAAGCUCGCUUGUGUGAAAGAUCCCAAACAAGUCAAGCCAACUUCUCCAUAAGCUUUACUGCAGGAGCCAUGUCUGGAGCUGUCGCCGCCAUACUGACGCUGCCUUUUGACGUGGUGAAGACUCGCAGACAGAUUCAGCUGGGAGAGAUGGACGCCCUGGGAGUGCCGUUCAAGAAGACGUCGUCCACGUUGCACAUCAUGAAAGAAAUAUGGAGCGAAGUGGGCUACCGGGGACUUUUUGCAGGUUUCAUGCCCAGAGUGAUCAAAGUGGCGCCCGCCUGCGCCGUGAUGAUCAGCACCUACGAGUUUGGAAAGGCCUUUUUCCAGAAAAUCAACUGUGAUCGUGAGCGAAUGGCGUCAUAGAUAGGUAGAUAUUUUAUUGAUGCCAAGGAAAACUCAAGUCAUCUGGGAAUUCCUAUCGGAGCAUUUUGUUGAUCUGAAGCUGAAACAGUGGACUGAACUGAUCAAACCAGGAACAGAGACUUUGUGUGUUUUUAGUGCAUUGUUAUACAAAAUUCCUUAUCCAGGUUUUCAUUGGGCAGCCUUGAGGGACCACAUUCCACUGAUCAGGAUGUCGUUGGUUGAGCUACUCAAAGUUAAACCCCAGUCAGGACUGGAUGCAAUGUCGCAUGGGAAAUCCAUGAUGAAAGCUUGCAUGAAAUAGCAUGUUUCAUACAAAAGAAUACCUGAUUCUUCGAAAGCCUGUGAAACAUUUUGGAUUUUUGUCUACCAAGCAGAUUAAUGGCGACUGUUGUUUUUUUACUUGGCAUUCAUUUCAUUAUUUGUAGCACUUAAACAAAACUACUCCUACAGCUCAACUUCAAUUGUCUGUGUGACGACAUAAUGGUUUCGCAAGGAUCAGAGCAGCGUUAGGAGAAACUUAACAGUCUGGUGAUGGAUGAAAAAUAAGAGAUCACCGUUUCUUGGAAUAUAGUUUUGUUGCCUUAAUGUUUUCUCCUUUUUUUCCCAAUUAAUUAAAUAGUAUUUGUCAUUGAAA